AGCUAACUGGGUGUAGUCAACAUAGCCAAGCAGCUAGCCGGGUGUAGUCAACAUAGCCAAGCAGCUAACUGGGUGUAGUCAACAUAGCCAAGCAGCUAACUGGGUGUAGUCAACAUAGCCAAGCAGCUAACUGGGUGUAGUUAACAUAGCCAAGCAGCUAACUGGGUGUAGUAAACAUAGCCAGGCAGCUAACUGGGUGUAGUCAACAUAGCCAAGCAGCUAACUGGGUGUAGUUAACAUAGCCAAGCAGCUAACUGGGUGUAGUUAACAUAGCCAAGCAGCUAACUGGGUGUAGUUAACAUAGCCAAGCAGCUAACUGGGUGUAGUCAACAUAGCCAGGCAGCUAACUGGGUGUAGUCAACAUAGCCAAGCAGCUAGCCGGGUGUAGUCAACAUAGCCAAGCAGCUAACUGGGUGUAGUUAACAUAGCCAAGCAGCUAACUGGGUGUAGUAAACAUAGCCAGGCAGCUAACUGGGUGUAGUUAACAUAGCCAAGCAGCUAGCCGGGUGUAGUUGGCACAGCCAAGCAGCUAGCCGGGUGUAGUUGGCACAGCCAAGCAGCUAGCCGGGUGUAGUUAACAUAGCCAAGCAGCUAACUGGGUGUAGUCAACAUAGCCAAGCAGCUAGCCGGGUGGAGUUAACAUAGCCAAGCAGCUAGCCGGGUGGAGUUAACAUAGCCAAGCAGCUAGCCGGGUGUAGUUAACAUAGUUAAGCAGCUAGCCGGGUGGAGUUGGCACAGCCAAGCAGCUAUCUGGGUGCGGCCAUGGCACUGUACGCCAAGGCGGCAGAGAUCCUGGAGAAGGUGGAGCGGCAUGAGGGCGCGGUGAAGACGCUGGUGUACGCUAGCAAGUUCAGCAACAUCAAGCAGCUGUUCGCUCUGGUGUGUGAGACCAGGAAGUUCUCGGCCGUCCUGCAGGAGAUCAUCCUGGCCUCCAAGCUGUUGAAGAGCUCCAAGCUGAAGAUGCACCUGGCCCAGGUGCUGGUCUACGACCUGCUCCUGGGCCAGGGCCUCAAGUGCGGCGGCUCCUGGAAGGCGCUGCUGAUGAAGCAGCGCUCCCGGCUGCAGUCCGAGCUGGCCCGCAUGAAGGUCCGGCAGAAGGUGAGCAGGAACGAGGACUUGCUGGCCAGCAGCGCAAACCAGUCUGAGGCAGACCUGCUGCCCAGGUACGUGCGGGUCAACACCCUGAAGACCACGGUGGAGGACGCGGUGGACUACCUGAAGAGGGAGGGCUUUUCCUACCGGGGUGAGGCUUCCACGCUAGAUGAGCUGACCCUGAAGGGCCGGGAGUUUGUGAAGGACCUCCACCUGCCCCAGCUGCUGGUCUUCCCGCCCAAGACGGACUUCCACCAGCACUUCCUGUACAAGGCGGGACACCUCAUCCUGCAGGACAAAGCCAGCUGCCUGCCCGCCUUCCUCCUGGACGUGGUGCCCGGCAGCCACGUCAUCGACGCCUGCGCCGCCCCCGGCAACAAGAGCAGCCAGCUGGCCGCCGCCAUGGAGAACCGGGGCAAGCUGUUUGCCUUCGACCUGGACGCCAAGCGCCUGUCCACCAUGGCCACCUUGCUGCUGCGGGCAGGGGUCACCUGCCAGCACCUGGCACACCAGGACUUUUUGCAGGUGGACAGCCAGGCUGACAUCUACCGGGAAGUGGACUACAUCCUGCUGGACCCUUCCUGCAGCGGCUCUGGCAUGGUGUGCCUGCAGGACCCAGGCUCCUCCCCCUCCACGUCCCCUGACCAGCUGGAAGGUCGUCUGCGUGCACUGGCAUCCUUCCAGCUGCGCUGCCUCAACCACGCCCUCACCUUCCCCCGCCUCAAACGUCUGGUCUACUCCACCUGCUCCACCUACCGCCAGGAGAACGAGGACGUAGUCUCUGCCUGUCUGCAACACAACCCCGCCUUCAGGUUAGUAGAUGUGUUACCAGAGUGGCCAGAGCGUGGCCUACAUCCAGUGAGAGAGUGUGUACGUGCCAGUGUGAAGAAGAGCCGCACACAAGGUUUCUUUGUGGCCGUGCUGGAGCGACACCAUCCAGCAGGUCAUGUGACUCCACUGGAGCGACACCAUCCAGCAGGUCAUGUGACUCCACUGGAGCGACACCAUUCAGCAGGUCAUGUGACUCCACCUCUUCAAACAAGCAGCCUAGUGGAUGGCAGGUGUGUCAGCCAUCAAGGUGAUGACAUCACAGCUGCAGCACACAACACCACCACUAAGAAGAAGAAGAAGAAGAAGAAGAAAACAGCUAAAGGGGAGCAGUGAUUGGACCAAGGGCUGGAGGCGGAGCUUAAUCUAUGGCAGACUUGGACUGGAGAGUCCUGUGAUGAGAUGGUGACUUCUCCAGGGUCUACUCCGCCUUCCACCCCAAUGCAGCUGGGGUAGGCUCCAGCAACCCCCGCCACCCCCAAAUUCAGAAAAAAAACUGCAAUAAAAUGUACUUUGCUUUCAAA